CCGCACCCGUGCACCCGCGCUGCUCACCGUCAGUCAAGUGCCUUCGCCCUCCCGGUGCUUUCCCGGUCCCUCUCCCUGGCCCAUGCAACGACAGCCCUGCAAAUUCUUCCAGAAAGGCGCCUGCCGCUUCGGCAGCCUGUGCAAGUUCCUGCACGCGGACGCCGGCGGUGACGCGUGCGACGCCCUCCAGCACGGCUCCGUGGCCGACUUCCUCCGCAAGACGCCCGACGCCUUGGGCAACUCCAUCAAAAAGGACCUUGCCGGGCUCCGCCGCAUCCAGGCCAGCCCCGCGUUGACGGCCUACGGGCUCGGGCCCCACGCGGCCACCAACCUCAUCGACGGCCGCGACGUGUCGCCCGAGGAGCUCCGGCUCCAGUACAUGGCCGCCCAGGCCGCCAACUCCGUGGACCUGUACUGCCGCGACCUCGACUUGCGCCGCCGCGACAUGGACUUCUGUGUCGCCGAGCUCACGCGCAACGCCACGCUCGCCGCGCGGUACCAGCAGAUGGGCGUGUCCAACUCCGGGCCGGUGCGGCCGUUUAUCAAGAAAUCGCUAGCCGAGAGCAUGCGCGACUUGCAGGCCGCGGGGGGCAGCGGCGCGUUUGGCCUGGCCGGGUUUGGCCUGGCCGGGUUCGGCGGGUCCAGCGGUUUUGGCGGGUCCAGCGGUUUUGGCGGGCCCAGCAAUCCCGGCGCGUUUGGCGGCACGGCUCAGCCGGCGCCGAAAAGCGGCCUCGGGGCUUUUGGCAGCGCGUCUUUUGGCGCGGGCGCCGCGGCCCCGGCCCAGCCGGCCGCAGGCUCUGGCUUCGGCAGCGCCGGCUUUGGGGGAGCGCUGGGCGCGGGUGCCUUUGGCUCUGCCGGCUUCGGCUCGGGCGGGGCGUCUGCCGGCUUCGGCAGCUCCGGCUUCGGCAGCUCCGGGUUUGGAUCUGCCGGCUUUGGCAGCGCCGGGUUCGGGUCUGCUGGCUCCGGGUCUGCUGGCUCCGGCAGCAGUGCUGCGCCUGCCGCUCCGUUUGGCCAGGCGAGCACGCUGGCGUUUGGUGCGCCCAGCGCCUCUGCCGGCACGCCCGCUUCUCCGUUCGGUGCUGCUGCGCCGGCGGGCGGCUCGUUUGGUGCCAGCCAGAACGCCUUUGGUGCCAGUCAGCCCUCAUCUUUUGGGGCCAGUCAGCCCUCAUCCUUUGGUGCCAGUCAGCCCUCAUCUUCCGGUGCCAGCAACAACGCUUUUGGCGCCAGUCAGAAGGCAUUUGGCGCCAGUAACAACGCCUUUGGCGCCAGUAACAACGCCUUUGGCGCCAGCCCGAACUCAGCUUUCGGCGCCGCCCCGGCCCCUUCCGCGGCCUUUAGCCAGAACAUGGCUCCCCUGGGAUUCGGCCAGCCUGCGCCCGGCUUUGGUGCCGCCCCACAUCAUGCUGCGGGCCUGCAGCCCGGAGGCGCACGCUUGGACAACGUCGAUCCCAUGGUCCGCGAGGCGUUCAUGGCCUCUUCUUUCGAGCUCGGGAAAAUCCCUGACAUGGCGCCGCCACCGGAAGUCUGCUAAAGGCUGACGACUUGGCGCUGUAGGCAAGGUGCGCGUUUACGCUAGUCGAAGGGGCCGCCCGGCAGGAUUCGCCUGCGGCCCACAGUUUCCAGCGCCAGCUUCUUGGAUGAAGACUCAUGAAGGCUCAGCGAGUCGAGAUGACGACCUGUCUUGGGAGGAACUCGAGGGCUCCAGACGGGUGCGCGUGGAGUCUCGAGGGUAUUUUCGGCGCUUCGUCCAAAGGCUGUGCCCAAUGCUGUGCCCA